GUUGAUGUUUUUUGGGGACAUGUGGAUCUCGGUGUUGCCCCUGCUAGUUGCCCUGAGUCUACUUCAGGGUCCUGACUACACCACCGCCACACACGACUGGCUGGACUACAAAUAUGGCCGCCAGGACUCAGCCGAGCUGCACGACAAAAAGCACUUCUGCUCCUGGAAGUGUCUCCUGUUCACGCUGCAGUGGCCCGGGGCCUUCUGCCAGUCUUUGGAUGAAGAGACACCCUGCAGAGUUCCCGUGAGUGUGACCAGCUGGACGAUCCACGGUCUCUGGCCUGUGAAGGCGUUCCGGUGCUGCAGGUGUUGGCCGAUGUUCCCGUCCGACGUCCAGGAACUCGAGGCCGAGCUGACUGAACACUGGCCGUCGUUGCUGCAAACUCAACCCAGCUUCCACUUCUGGAGAGAGGAGUGGGAGAAGCACGGUGUGUGUGCAGCAUGUGUCGAAGGGAUGAACUCUCCUCUCAGAUACUUCAGCAUCUGCCUCAAGCUACGAGGACGCUACGACAUCCACAGGCUGCUGGAGGACGCCGGCAUCACUCCGACCUGUGAGCGUCCGUACAAGGUUGCCGAGGUGCGUCAGGUCCUGGCUCCACACCUGGGAGACAGGCUCGAGAUCCAGUGUGUGACGGACGACCAGGACCGAGAGCUGUGGUUCCAGGUGAAGAUCCCUCUCUCUCACAACCUAACCGCCGGCUGCGAUCACCGCGGCGACGGCGACGCUGACUGGGACGUGACGUCCGGACGCGGCGCGGGAAGGAACGUCUCCGACAGGCACCCGUGUCCCCCGCGGGGCGUCUUCUACUACGUCCCCAUCGUCCCCCAGCGGCCGCGCCGGCCCUGCGGCUAACGCUGCAUGCUAACACCUUCUGCUGUAGAUUAGUUGUUGCCGCUUCAUUUUUUUUUUAGACGUCUCUCUAGUUUUAUCUCCAGAGUGAGACAUCUCUCUAGUUUUAUCUCCAGAGUGAGACAUCUCUCUAGUUUUAUCUCCAAGUGAGACAUCUCUCU